CUGGUUGCACCUUUCUCUGAACUGUACGCACUAUCAUGUCUAGUUUCAGCCGCCCCAGCUCGGUAUCUCGGUCAGAAGAGCUCUGCGAACCUCCAAAGCCAUGGUGCCUCCUGACUUCUGCUAGUACCCCGGCUCGUUCACUCUUCCAAGCUGCCUUGAUGGAACCAGACACACUAUCGACGAGUCUUGAAUUUCGCCUUGCCCAUGUCUGGGGUCAAAGAGGAUUCAAGAUAGAUCUGAAGUCUCCGAACAACAUCUUCUAUCUUCGAAUCGAUAUACUACAUAACUUUCGUGACAAAGAUUGGACCUUCCUCCCGAACAUCGAUUGGACCUUCCUCCCGAACAUAUCCUCCGAGAGAUACACAUCAGCGUGACCACCGAAUGCAGGCGGAGUCGGCCUAAAUGGUCAAACUGGACAAAGCUCUAUAAGCCCAUGAUCCGCGACUUCCAAUUCAUACCCAUCAACUACCUGUCAGACUCGCAUUCCAUAGUGCGGCACCAUCAUCCCCUUUCAUUCAACUGUGUCGAAUAUCAGGCACCUUUUGACACUAUUCCUCCUCUGCGCUCCCACGUGCAUCCAUAUCUUGCUAUCUGCAAUGCUGUUUCGAAGCUCGCUCGUAGUGACAUGGACGACCUGCCUGUGCAUGUUCACGAGCAUGUCGCUCUCGCGCGGGAGAUAUGGGAGUGCUGGAUGCGGGCGGCAGUUCCUAGACUGGCAAUCAAUGUGGGACACGUUCGAGCUUCUCAUCAGGCCACUUUAGAAGGCACAGACCUCAUUUCCUUUGUUCCAGAAUCGUCGGCCUCAGCAUCAUCUACCCGAUCCUCUUCGAAGGUCUUGUCCGAUGAUUCGUCAGUGUCAGCGACUUCCGCCGAAUCUUGUCCCUUGCUUGAGCCACACCGCUACUGCGCACUCGAUAGAUUCUACCCCUUCUACGCAAAACCACGCCGUGAUCCUCCUGUCCCUAGAUCGGCCUUCAUUCACGCUCAGUCUUUUGACUAUCGUUCCGAACCUCAAACAGAAUCCAACGCUUCUCAAUCACGCAAACCUCUAGGCAUCCCUUCUUCAGGCGAGUUCCACUGGUGGCCCGACGAACAAAUCACUCGCUCUUGCGUCUCAUCCGCUUCCGAGGGCAUCUGGUAUACGCGUUGUGGCAAGCGAGAGUUCAUCCACGAUGACUACAUCUGCACUAAGAACGACGGUAGCGUCAAUUCAUACAACACGAAUAUCUCAAAACCAGACCCUUAUCUAGCCUUCCGGCCUGAUUAUCACGAGUUGGCACAAGCGAAGAAGCUAAGAGAUGCUGAGAGGCAAAGGAAGAGGGAGCAAGACCGUUUGCAAGAGGUUGAUAUCGUCACCUGGACACGGACUUGGAUACGUGCCGUCAAACCCACAAAGCCGCUAGGACCCAAGGCAAACUCUACUUCGCGCAAUUAUUCUGCAGAGCCCUCAGCGCAGCCGCCUCACUCCUCGCACCACUCUUGGCGUCCAGAUUCUUUGCCUCUCUGGCCUACGUGGACUCUAACCUACCGAUCUGAACAGGUGGCGGUAGAGCUCAGCAAGCGGCCGAAAAAGAUGCUAGCCCCAGCCUCAGAGGACCGACCAGCGAAGCGACGAAGGAUAUAA